UUGCAAGAAAGUUUUGAAUCAGUUCAAAAAAAAAAAAAAUUCAACAAUAAAGGAGCAUUCAUCAAUUUUAAAACAGCAAAAAAACCUUGGUAGAAGGGAAGCUUCAUCAGACAUUCACUUCUUUUUUGAAAUUGCAAUCAGAAUAGAAAACUUUUUAAAAAUAUGUUUGAAGCUUAUGUUUCUGUUUCGGAAUCACACUUUUGUUUUUAAAACCCAGUGUUAAAAAUAAGUAAAAAAUAUAAAAUCUAUGUUAUUAUCUUUUUACUUUAUAUUGAACCAAAAACUAGUAGUAUUAAAAUAGAAAAUAACACAAUAUGUAAAUAUUAGAAAAUAAUACUAUAAAUUAUCUUUGUGCAUAAUAUUUUUUUAAGAGAUCUUAUAUAUAUGUAUAUGUAUUGAAAUAUAGUGUGUGAAUUAUCUGUGAGAUGUCAAAAUUAAUUAAUUUGAUUAAUUAGAUCAUAUGUUAUUAUAAACUUAAUCUAUUAGUAUUUUCACAAUUAUAAUGUGAAGUCAUCUGAAGGAUGUAAAACUACUGAAAACGAAUAAGUGAUUUUUGUAUUUUAUUUGAAUUAUAUAAUUUUAGUCAUAUGUUUUAUAAAAUUAUUUUUACAUCUUUAUAUAUAUAUAUAUAUAUAUUUGGAUCUAUGUUUCUAACACGUAUUUGCUUCCUAAUUUUUUUUAAAGACAUCUCGUUUUAAUGCUUUUAUAUGAUGUUGUUUCUGUGUAUCCGCUUUGCAUUCACCAAUCAUAAACCGUUUACUUUUUUUGAAAAAACGGAAAGUGAUCCGGGCGUUAGGCUCGACUAAUCUCCCAGGACAAACAUAUCUGUUAGUAAUAUCGAGACAUGGCGUAAACACAUCCUCUCAACCGAAAUUGAACAAAAGAAUCAAUGAAACUGACUACAACCGCUAAACCAUUAGCCCAACGCACCGUUGCUAAUAAACUUUAAAUUUUUAAAAAUAAAUUUAAAAUUAUACAACUCCUCAAAUUAAUAAUAUUCAAUCAUUUUGUUCAUUUAAUAUGAGCCUUAUAUAUAUAUAUAUAUAAAGAAAUUUCGUUAUAACAACAGUAGAAAAGAAAUCCUGAAGUUUUAGAAAAAAUUGAGAAAUUCCAUUCAAGUAUUUUUUAAGUAUGUGUUUAGAACCAACCCUGAUUUAGUGGCAAGUCACAUGCACAUUUCGUGGGCAGUAGAAAUCAACCAAGUUGUGAUACGCACGUUAAAUUGGCCUCUAACGUUGGAAUCGUCCGAAAAAAAAAAGAAAAAAAAAAACAAUCGCCGUAGUCUAUAAUUUACUAAUAUAACUUAUUAGAAUAGAACCACAUACAUAUUUUUUGUCAACUCCGUAUUUAUUUAGACUCUAUAUGUACAUUUUUGACGCUUAACAAAGUUCAGAAGUAAUUUUUAUCUAACUUUUUAAAAUAUAUGUAAAAUCAUAAAUUUCAGAAAGUUAACAGUUUACACGAGUUCAGUUACAAUGAAUGGAGGAUGAGAAAUGUAGAUUUAGGUUAAGGUAUAUAUAUAUAUAUUUGGGUAACUUUGGGUAAAACUUUAGAUUUUGGAUAAAACCGAUUGGAUUCAGAUAUCCAAACUUGUUCAAUACAAAACUUGACAAAACUUGACGGUUAUUUAGCAAUAACUGUAUCUAAACUGAGCUGUUAACUUCCAGUGGAGUUGGGUUCGGUUAUCGGUUAUUAUAUCCAUGCCUAAUAAGAACUAGAUUGAGAAGGUAGUAACAAGGAAUUAAGGAGAAGGAGAAGAAACCCUUGCGAAUCUAUUACGUUAAUUAUAAAUUUGACCAAAAGAAUGAAUGGGUGAAAAGGUUUAAAGAAAAACAAAAAAGCACUAUAUUCGGAGGCAAACAACUAAAUGAACGGUGUAACAAGAGACUUGGUCUUUUCUUUCUCUCUCCGCCACUCAUUAAAGAUUUAAUCACAGUAAAAAAAACAGAAAAUCCAAAUCUCAAAUCCAUUUACUUUCUAUUUUUACUUUCUUCAUCCCCACGGUGUCUUUGCGGAUAUUGUUCGAUACUAUUACGAUAUUUUUCAUUUUUAGUUUUUACCAAUCCUUCUUUUCCUUUCGCGUGUGAUCAUUAACUCGAGGUGAAUCCUCCUAUAUCUGGUUAGUAUCACACGCGGAAUAAUCAAAGAUCGUAUUCUAUAAUGUGUAGAGAUUUAAGAGUGGUGUUUUUGGAAGAAGAAGGCCAAGAAAUUUGGUAAAAGACAGCUACUGCUUUCCGUAUCUUUGUUGUUUGUGUCCAAACAGGCUUUUUAAUCACAACCUAUCGUUAUUAUCCGUUUCCUUUUUUUCCCAAGAGCUAAUUGAUCUGGGGGAAUAUUAAACAAUUUGACCAUUGUGUGUGGUUUCUCUCAAUAUAUUCUUUUAAAAUAUUGCAAAAGAACGUGUUGAGCUGUUACCACUUUCUUGUCUUGUCUCUCUCUCUCCUCGUCUUUUAAACUUCCUCAUUUUUCUUUGAAACCUGUGAAUCGAGUCUUUCAGGAAAGAAAUAAGUUUUUUUUUUCUUCUCUUCACAGUAAUACACGUGUCACUGCUUUGAUCUUAUUGCUGUCAAUGAGAUCCGAUUUGUAGCUCUUUUGACAUCCCAUAUCUCUCUCUAAAAUGGCACCAAAGUUCGAAUGGUGGGCGAAAGGAAACAACCGCAAAGGUACUCCGGUGGUGGUCAAAAUGGAAAACCCUAACAACUGGUCAAUGGUGGAGCUCGAAUCACCGUCUGAGCAAGAUUUUCUCGUGGAAGGCCGCCGUGAGAAAUCUCGCAACAAGAACGCGAGACAGCUCACGUGGGUUCUCCUCCUCAAAGCCCACCGUGCCGCAGGCUGUCUCACCUCCCUCGGCUCAGCAUUGAUCGCUCUCGGAACCGCCGUGCGCCGUCGUAUCGCCGCUGGCCGUACAGACACUGGGAUCUCGUCCUCUUCUACUACGGCUAUUGCCAAAUCGAAACCGAGGUUCUUGUAUUCGUGCUUGAAAGUGUUUCUUCUGCUUUCGCUAAUGCUUCUAGCUUUCGAAACGGCUGCGUAUUUCAAAGGAUGGCAUUUCGAAACACCCAAGCUUCAGCUGCCUUAUGGUUUCUUCGAUUGGGUUUACACUCACUGGGUCCUGCUCCGUGUUGGCUACCUUGCUCCUCCGCUUCAGUUUCUAGCUAACGCUUGCAUCGUCCUCUUCCUUAUUCAAAGCCUGGACCGGCUCAUCCUCUGCCUAGGCUGUUUCUGGAUCCGGUUCAAUAAAAUCAAACCGGUUCCCAAAACCGUAAUCUCCGAUCUAGAAACCGGAGAGAAUGGAUGCUUCCUUCCCAUGGUUCUUGUUCAGAUUCCCAUGUGUAACGAAAAAGAGGUCUAUCAGCAGUCGAUUGCGGCUGUGUGUAACUUAGACUGGCCAAAAACGAAGAUUCUGAUUCAAGUUCUCGAUGAUUCCGAUGAUCCCAUCACGCAGAGUUUGAUCAAAGAAGAGGUUCACAAAUGGCAGAAGGGAGGUGCGCGAAUCGUGUACCGUCACCGUGUGAACAGAGAAGGCUACAAAGCUGGAAACCUCAAGUCUGCAAUGAACUGCAGCUACGUCAAAGACUACGAGUUCGUGGCCAUCUUCGACGCUGAUUUUCAGCCUUUACCUGAUUUCCUCAAGAAGACGAUUCCUCACUUUAAGGACAACGAGGAGCUGGGACUGGUGCAGGCGAGAUGGUCGUUCGUGAACAAGGAAGAGAACUUGUUGACGAGGUUGCAGAACAUUAACUUGGCGUUUCACUUUGAGGUUGAGCAGCAAGUCAACAGCGUCUUCUUGAAUUUCUUUGGGUUCAAUGGGACAGCUGGCGUCUGGAGGAUCAAGGCUUUGGAAGAUUCUGGUGGUUGGCUCGAGAGAACUACCGUCGAGGAUAUGGACAUUGCUGUUCGUGCUCACCUCCAUGGCUGGAAGUUCAUUUUCCUUAACGAUGUUGAGUGCAUUUGCGAGUUACCUGAAUCGUAUGAAGCUUACAGAAAGCAACAACACCGAUGGCAUUCAGGACCUAUGCAACUAUUUCGCCUUUGUUUGCCUGCUGUCAUUAAAUCAAAGAUAAGCAUAGGCAAGAAAUUUAAUUUGAUAUUCCUCUUCUUCCUCUUGAGGAAGCUCAUCUUGCCCUUUUACUCCUUCACACUCUUUUGUAUCAUCUUGCCAAUGACUAUGUUUGUCCCUGAGGCUGAGCUUCCUGCUUGGGUUGUCUGCUACAUACCUGCCACAAUGUCUUUCCUCAACAUCCUUCCCGCCCCGAAAUCGUUUCCCUUUAUUGUCCCCUACCUUCUCUUUGAGAACACAAUGUCUGUAACCAAGUUCAACGCCAUGGUCUCGGGUCUGUUUCAGCUGGGAAGUGCAUACGAAUGGGUUGUUACAAAGAAAUCAGGGAGGUCGUCAGAGGGAGAUCUGGCUGCUUUAGUCGAAAACGAAGGAGGAAAGAAAAUGAAACAUCAGAGAGGCGCCUCUGCACCAGCACCAGAAACAGAGGCUGAGAAGAAAGCUCAAAAGAAGAACAAUAAGAAGAAGAAGAAGCACAAUAGGAUCUAUAUGAAGGAGCUGUCGCUAGCGUUUCUGUUAUUAACUGCAGCAACUCGAAGUCUCUUGUCGGCUCAAGGAAUCCAUUUUUACUUCCUCUUGUUUCAGGGAAUAUCCUUCUUACUGGUUGGUCUAGAUCUAAUUGGAGAGCAAGUUGAAUGACAGUGAAGAGAUUGACUGGGUCUUAAUAGUGCUUGUAGAGAAAACUUUGUAGAAGACAAGAACACAAUUUCAUCUGUAUCACAUCACUGAACAUAGAUCAGCUUCACAGAGGAAGGGACAUGGUUAUAUUAACUGUUGGCAAUAUGUAAGCUUUAUCUCCUUUAAUUUUAAUGUCUCUUUUGGUUUGGCUACAGUUCUUUUAUUCUUUCUCCUUUGUGGACAAUUCUUUUGUAAGAAAGUUUUGUUCAAGAAAGCAAAUCAUUUUAGAUAAAA